GCCUACCCAGAGCGCCGCUCUGCCUCACCGGAUGACAAAUGAUGCACACCCGCACUAACACACAGAGGAAUAACUUUACAGUAGCGUCCGGGGCGCUCCACAGACCGCUGCGCCGCAGACUCUCGUGAAAACAAGCUUCCAGCCCCCCAUCUCGGCGUAAGGAAAUGAAGAGGAGGCUCCAUAAGAAGUACUUGGUUUUGAUUCUGGCAUAUUCAGGCUUACUUCUGCUGAUCCCCUAUGUGUUAGAUAACCGGGAUAAAUCCGCCCAGAAUGCCAAACUGCCGCAGCAACAGCCCAGAUGCCCCGACCUGGAGAACACGGUGGCUCUCCUCUGGGAUAACGGAUUCAAAGCAAACGGUAGCGACGCGGCGGAGAACCCGGCGCCGACGAACAAGAGCCAGUCCCGGACGCACAUCUAUCUGCACGCCACCUGGAGGACCGGAUCGUCGUUUCUGGGGGAGCUGUUCAACCAGCACCCGGACGUUUUCUACCUGUACGAGCCCAUGUGGCACAUCUGGCAGACACUGUACCCCGGCGACGCCGGCAGCCUGCAGGGCGCGGUGCGCGACAUGAUGAACUCCCUGUACCGCUGCGACUUCUCCGUCCUCAAACUUUACGCCGGCUCGCAGAACAUCACCACGGCGUUCAUCUUCGGCUGGAAGAUGAACAAGGUGAUCUGCUCGGAGCCGCUGUGCGACGCGCAUCAGCGCCACGAAAUCGGGCUGGUGAGGGAGGACCGGUGCGCCAAGUGCCAGAAGCGGGACCUGCGGGAGCUGGAGAGGGAGUGCAAGAAGUACCCGGUGAUGGUGAUCAAGGGGGUGCGCGUUCUGGACCUGAGCACCCUGGUCCCGCUGAUGAGAGACCCGGCGAUCAACCUGCAGAUCAUCCAGCUCUUCAGGGACCCGCGGGCCGUGCACAACUCGCGGCUCAAGUCCAAGCAGGCCCUGGUGAAGGAGAGCAUCCAGGUGCUGCGCAGCAAGAAGCAGACCGACAAGUACAAGCGGCUGCUGGUGCCCAGCAACAGGAUGAACCGGGCGGAGAGCUACGUGGCGAGCGCCAUGGAGCUGAUCUGCGACAACUGGCUGAGCGACAUGAUGCUGGUGAUGAACGCUCCGCCGUGGGUGAGGAGGAACUACCUGCGCCUUCGCUACGAGGACCUAGUGCUGCGCCCCAUGGAGGAGCUGCAGCGGCUCUUCCGUUUCUCCAACCUCUCCACCUUCCCGGCGCUGGAGAGGUUCGCGCUGAACAUGACGCACGGCCAAGGCUACUCGUCGGACAAGCCCUUCCUCAUAUCGUCCAGGGACGCGAAGGAGGCGAUCUACGCGUGGCGAGAGCGGCUGAACGUGGAGCAGAUCGGCCAGGUGGAGGCCUACUGCAGCGAAGUGAUGAGGCAGCUGGGCUACGAGAGGAACAGCGUGGUGGAGAAAACCACAUGAGGAUCGGAAAGCAGCGUGUGUGUGUGGGGGGGGUCCUCCUAAUCAAGGCUGAGGGCCAGAAGGUGGAAUAACAAAACAGGCUGCAGGAAUGCAGUCUGCUAGGAGCUCUCAAGCGUGCCUCUUGGGUUGUUUUUAUCCUCACCCGAGCUGGGUCGAUGAACUGGAGAAAUGGUGAUACUGAAAAGACGAGGAGGAGGAGGAGGUGUGCGUGUAAGGGGUGAUGGUGGGGGGAGAAAAGAGAAAGAAAGAGCAGCCAAUCGGACUCAGUUGGAUUUGAAACGAGGAGAAGGAAGCUUAUUUUCUCACCGCGCUGCCUGUUCGACACCAGCAGGGUCCCGUGGAGACGCGGAGGAGUUGGGGAGGG